AUGCGCAGCGCGCUUUUACUUUCAUUCCUUCCCCUGGUCUUGGGAUGCAAUAACCCUGCCAGCCAUGCUUGUGCUUCCGCAUACACUGCAUCCAGCUCCGCGGCUGCUGCUUUCUGUGCUACUUUCACUGCUAGCAAGGUGACUGCUACUACUGGUCUGCCCAGCUUUGCUUCGGCUUGUGACUUCAAGACCGGACACUUGUCGAGUGCAUGCAGUUGUCUUGACACGGCCUGGGCUACGGCUGGUGCCGGGUCCGGUUCCACUGAGGGGUCUAGCGCUGAGCCAACUACUGCCCCGGCGGCGGUCACCAGCACUGUCGCUGCCCCCUCCGUAUCGACUAACACACCUGUCGAGACCAAGACGACUUUGGUAAAGACAACCAAAUUAUCAACCCAAUCUUCUUCAGUCGCUGUCCCAGGGACAACCCAAGCACCCACGACAGUUUCUAGCAAUGUUGCCGCUGCCUCCGUUGCCUCGGAUGCUUGCGUUGUUACUGAAUACGCAUCUAUCUCUUCUGCUGUCAAGUCUUGCACCAACAUCGUUCUUUCCAACAUAUCUGCGCCUCCUUCUAGCACCAUCGACCUGCAGAGCCUCCAGACCGGUGCUACGGUCACCUUUGCUGGCACCACCACUUUUGGUGAUACUUUCGACUCUGAUUUUGAUCCUAUUGUUAUUUCCGGAACUGAUAUCACCAUUACUGGUACCUCUGACCACGUCAUUGAGGGCAACGGUGCCGCUUACUGGGAUGGCGAGGGCUCCAACGGUGGACAAGACAAGCCGAACCACUUCAUUGUAGUGAAACAUGUCUAUAACUCCGAAAUCACAGCCCUCAACAUCAAGAACUGGCCUGUCCACUGCUUCUACAUCAAUGGUGUCCAGCACCUCACCGUUUCUGGGUUGACUCUGGACAACUCUGCUGGCGAUGAGCCUAAUAGCGCCAGCGGUGACGACGCAGCUGCUCACAACAGUGAUGGUUUUGACAUCUCUGCCAGUGACUAUGUCACUUUGGAGAACAUCUCCGUUUAUAACCAGGAUGACUGCGUUGCUGUCACUAGUGGAACCGAGAUUACCGUUGACAACAUCUACUGCUCUGGUGGUCACGGUCUAAGCAUCGGGUCUAUUGGUGGUAAGAGCAACAACACCGUGGAUGGUGUGACCUUUAAGAACUCCCAGGUCGUGGAUAGCUCGAAUGGAUGCCGCAUCAAGUCCAACUCUGAGACUACUGGCAGUGUUAGCAACAUCAUUUACCAGAACAUCACGGUCUCCGGAAUCACCGACUAUGGUAUCGACAUCCAGCAGGAUUAUCUCAAUGGCGGUCCUACCGGUGAACCUACUAACGGUGUGACUAUCUCUGGAGUCACUUUCACCGAUGUCACCGGUACAGCCACCGAUGAUGCCAAGGACUAUUAUAUUCUCUGUGGCUCAGAUAGCUGUUCGGACUUUUCUUUCUCUGGUGUUUCUAUCACUGGAGGAGGUGAAACCAGUAGCUGCAACUAUCCUUCCAGCGGCUGUCCGUAA